AAAGACACGGAAGACGAGCUGGCGCUGUUCCGGCAGCAGUGGCAGCGCGAGCUGGAGGCCACCCCCACGCGCCAGAAGAAGCCUGAGGCGCCGCCGCCGCCGGAGGAGCCUCUCUCGGACGAGGAUAAGGCCAAGCAGCUGUUUCUGCGCGGCGUGGAGUUCGAGCGCGGCGGCAAGCUGUACGAGGCUAUUCAGCACUACAAGCGCGCUAUGCAGCUUGUGCCCGACGUCGAGCGCCGCCUCUACGAGAGCUCCGAUAUCCGCCCCGACACCCCUGAGGAAGAACUGGAGCUUGAGGAGGUGGAGCGAACCAACACGGGCACCGAGAGCGACGACGAGGGCGCCGUGGAGGGCGAGGACUUACUGGCGCGCCUGCAGCGCAUCACGGCGCGCAAGGCCGCGCUCAUCGAGCCCGCCUUCCCCGCCAAGGGCGCGCACAUCUCGUGGCUGCCGUACGAGGUGAUCCUGCUAGUGCUCCGCUGGGUGGUGUCGGCGGACUGCGACGCGGCCUCCUUGGAGCGCGUGGCGGGCGUCUGCCGCGGGCUUUACGUGGCGGCCAGAGACACUGAUAUAUGGCGCUCGCUCUGUUUGCGCACUUGGGGCAUAGACUGCGGCACGCCGCGCUCGCACGGCUUCGGCUCGUGGCGGACGAUGUACGUGGAGCGGCCGCGGCUCCAGCUUCAUGGCUGCUACAUCAGCAAGACCACGUAUCUGCGCCACGGAGAGAACUCCUUCCAGGACCAGUUCUACCGGCCCUGGUACCUCAUCGACUACUACCGGUACCUCAGGUUCUUCCCCGAGGGCAGCGUGCUGAUGUGGACGACGGCGGAGGAGCCGGCGGCGUGCGUGGGGCACCUGCGCCAGCGCGCCGCCAAGGCCCAGCUGGGCGUCGCCGCCGGCCACUACCGCCUCAUGGGCGACAAGGUUGUGGUAGUUAUUAAGAAAUCAAGCGAGAAGAAGCCGCCGGCGGUGAGCAACACGCGCUUCCGCCCGCGCCGCAAGGAGGCGCCCGAGACCCACGAGCAGACCUUCCACAUGGAGUUCCAGCUGCGCAACGUGCGUAAUCGGCGCAACUUUCAACUAGCAUGGCGCGGCUACUCCGUGUGCAUGCGCCGCGACCAGUGGACGCAGUUCGAGCUGUCGCCCAGCAAGUUCCCGCCCUUCGCCUUCAGCCGCGUGCGCGCCUACACCGCCGAGGCCUCCGCGCCGCUGCCCUGCGCUUACUAUGAAUAAUGUCGACUGAGAAAUGGUGCAUCAAUUAAAAUCAAUAAUGUAAGUCUAUUUGUUGAACUUCUAAUUGUUCGUAGUAAAUGGUAUUCACACCCUUCUCUUCCAAUGCUUUUGAUAUAUUUUUGUAUUAAGUGCUUUAGCUAAGCAACUUAUUAUGCUUUAAGUUCGGGUGUGCGACAUGAGCUAAAACUAUGUUUUGAACUAUCUCUUGCCUUAUGCUCUUAGGAUGGUUGUAUCGUAAGUGUUACUUUUAAGAAAUUAAAAUAACUCGCAAAUGAUGAGGACUCUGUCAAAUUAUAAUGAACUUUUGUAGCAUCUCAAGUUUCUGGUAUCUUUUGUCGUCAGUAAUAAAAGAAGACAUGAACUUUUACUUUCAUAGAAUUGGCUUGGGAGUCUUUUAACAGACAGUUGCGUAAUUCUUUAAUGAGAAAUGUCGACGUUGACUUGUAUAUCUGGCGUAGGCGUGCCGUAUUAAGGCAGUUUGUUUCUCUAUUUUUAUACUACCUUUAUCACGAACUUUCAGAAGAAUAGAUGUCUUUACUUCGCUAGAUGGUUGUCAAUUCCUUUCGAAAGGUUUGAUGAUAUCGGCACAAAUGCAGGCUCAAACUUGUUAGGUGGUUAUACUUUUCAAUGUAUGCCACUUUAAAGUAGUACAUAAAAUAUUAUGGUUUGCACGGCCAAAUAGUAAUUCACGAAUUUUCUCUAUUAACUUUAAAAGUAUAAUAAGACUAGUCACACGCUGAAGACUUAAACUUAUUAAGAACUUAAGAAGUCUGCAGUGUCAAUGUUAUAAACUAGCAUCGCCGCGGCACUGCAUUCAUUGAUUGUGUCAGAGAUCUUAUGUACGGCUUGUGCCAUCCACAGUGAAAUUGGGAACUGCUUAUCCAUUCAAAAGGCAAAGGUGCCGUAGACUUAAUGUUACUUACGAUUGCAAUAAUGUUCCCGUCUGCUCGAUGUCCCGUAGCAGUGUGCAGUCAAAACCCACAAUAAUAAGCACAAUAUUCAGAACAAAAAAAUACGCUUUAUUUUGUAUGAGCAACAGGGUUUCUUAUAAAUAAACCUAUUUAGGCCAAAGCAAAUUUUGGAAGUUAAUCGAGGUUUUUGGGUACAAUAAUGUUGAAGUACAAUAUUCAUAUAAUGUUAAUUAAUUCUCGGGCCCGUAUUAUGAAUAUUCAAGAAAUAAUAGAUCGAGCAUGUGUUUGGUUGAAUAUCGAAAUUCAACCAAUCACUGGUUUUAAUCUAAUCUUGAGUUUAAAUCUAGUUUUGAUCGUCGUUUAAGAAUACGAGUUUUAAGACAGUAUCUGGUUGCGACUUGAUGUUUUUCAGUCAGUUUCUGGCAUAGUUAAGCAAUAAUUAUAAUGAAAUAAUAUCGCUCUACAGCGAUGAUAUUUUUCGACGUUAGUGUGUUAGUUUACUUGACAACUUGGCUUUGAAAUCUAUUACGACCUGAUAAAGUACAAAAUUAUUUUACAUUGAGCGGUUUUCUUUCUCUUAGGUAUUUGUAGUAGUAACGAAUUGUUGUAGAUAAUUAAAUGAAAGGUUCUUGUUUAUAAUUUCAUAUUGAUGUAUAAGCUUCGUCUGUCCGACUUUUUUAAUCUGUGUGUUCCUCCUGGGAAUUGAACCCAGAACAUCCGAAUUUAGAAUCUAAUUCACUGAACCACGGAUACGUCGAUCUUAUAUACCUA